CUCCCUCUCCUCUUUGCCCCUAAAAACUCUCUUUUUCCUCAAUUUCUUUCUUCCCCAAAGUAUCAAAAAUUCCCUCGGAUAAAAGAAGGAAUUAUAAGAUCAUAUAUGCUUGUGAUAUAUGGUAUAUGGUAUAUGGUACUAACCCCCUCACGAUGAACUCGUGUUAGGCGUGAAGUCAUAUAGCAAACCUGCUUAAACUUGUUCAUAUUACUACAAGCUUUUGUUGUUUCGUUUGUUUAGUUGUGCUUUGUUUUGUUUUUGAUAGUUUUAAUUUUUGAGGGCUUGAGACAUGAACACAGCAUUGCCGGAGAUGUUACAAUGUUCGGACUUGACGGUGCUCGAGAGGCAAAGGGAUCGCUUGAAAUGGCAAGAGGAACAGUUUCAGCAACAACAACAGCAAAGCUAUUUCAGUGAGUUAAGUUGUGGGGCGUUUUCGAGCCAAACCAACCACGUACAAGGCUUUCAGGGUGGUUUCAUGGGCGGUGCCAGUGGUGACUCGGUGUUAUCGGACAUGGUUAUGGCUCGGCAAGUGAAGCCUGACCCUGGUUUGGAGAGUCCCUGGCCUGAGUUGGGGAAGGUUGACAUGGCUGCCAUGGGGUUUGGCCCAUGUGGAUACGGUAAUGGCCCUAGUUUUGACAUGAAUCACGCCAUUUCCAGGACUUCUAGCUGCCCGCCAGCUGUGGCGGCGACCAAAGCGGUGGAGGUCAAGGUUAACUCUGAGAAGAUGGCUUCAGCUGUUGAUAAAGAAAGCUUCAAGAAAAGGAAAGCUGAAAAGUUGCAAAACACAAAGGUUGUUGCAGAAAAUGAGUCCAAGAGGAUCAAAUCCUGUGAAGAUGAAGGAGAAGAGUCGAAAAUUACAGGGCCAAACACCAACAAAAGCAGUAACAACAAGAAGGAAGCUUCUGGUGAUGCUUCUAAGGAGAAUUCAAAGGUUUCUGAGGUUCAAAAGCCCGAUUUUAUCCACGUCCGGGCACGUCGUGGUCAAGCCACUGAUAGCCACAGUUUAGCUGAGAGAGUUAGAAGGGAGAAAAUCAGUGAAAGAAUGAAGUAUCUGCAAGAUUUAGUACCAGGAUGUAACAAAAUCACGGGCAAAGCUGGUAUGCUUGAUGAAAUCAUCAAUUAUGUUCAAUCUCUUCAACGGCAAGUAGAGUUUCUGUCUAUGAAACUAGCGACUGUAAAUCCCAGGCUAGACUUUAACAUUGACAAUCUUUAUGCCAAAGAGGUGUUUUCCUCUUGUACCCCUAAUUUUCCAACGCUUGGGAUGGCACCUGAAAUGGCUAACCCUCCUUAUCUUCAGUUCAAUCCAAUUCAACAAGUGGUUCCUUGUUGUGGUGUGGAAAUGGGGAUAAACUCUCCCGAUAUGACACUCCGGAGAACGAUCAGCGCCCCUGUAUCGAUCCCAGAUGCAUCAUUUCUAGACUCGUCCUGUCUCACUAUGCAUCAAUGCUCUGCAAUGCAGCAAAUUCAACCCACUGCAACAUGGGAUGUUGAGUUGCAAAACCUUUACAAUGUGGCAUUUGACCAGGGGAGAUCAACACCACCCUUUCCAUCUCAACCAUUUGCAGGUUCCAUUGAAGCAAGUGAUCUGAAGGAGAUAUGAAUCAGUAUAUUUGUCAACGAUUUAUCGAUGAUUGAGAUAAUUCAAGAUACCUUUGAUCCUGAUUCUUUUUCGCUUAAUUAGGUACAUAUGGUAUAUAUAAAAAUAUUUGUAUGUAUACUCUCAAAUAGUAUGAAUAAGAUCAAUACUAAUUAACUUCAAA